GCUAAGCUUCCGUGCCUUCUUUUUGUUGCCUCUCUUCUCUAUUGUAGCUUUCUGCUGUGCUUUUUGUGCUUCAAAAAUGGUUGAGAAAACAAGGGGAAGGAAGGAAGAGGUAGUGUCCAGAGAAUACACUAUCAACCUUCACAAGCGUCUCCAUGGCUGCACGUUCAAGAAGAAAGCUCCCAAGGCAAUAAAGGAGAUAAGGAAGUUCGCAGAAAAGGCCAUGGGGACCAAGGACGUGAGAGUUGAUGUCAAGCUUAACAAGCACAUCUGGAGCAGAGGGAUCCGAAGUGUCCCCAGAAGGAUUAGGGUCCGCAUUGCUCGGAAGAGAAACGACGACGAAGAUGCAAAGGAAGAGCUUUACUCUCUAGUAACCGUCGCCGAAAUCCCAGCCGAAGGACUCAAAGGGUUGGGCACCAAGGUCAUUGACGACGACGACGAGUGAUCCACUGAUCUCUACUUCAAGAAAAUCUGCAUCGUUUCAUAAAAAGGUUUACAUCCGGCUGUUGGAGUUUUGGUUAGUUUUACUAUUUCGAA